CUUUGUGAGUGAUUCAAGUAACGGGCAGCGAGACGCUGUUUUCUUUUUUCCUGGAGGCAACUUGGAGGAAAGCUGGGUAGGAGCUGCUGCAGCAACAGGAGACUGCCUGGCCUGCCUCUUCUUGGGCUGCUUGGGGGAGAUCUUGGUUUAUUUAUUUUUGCAGAUCUUCCAAACCAGGAGCAGAAGAAAAGGACAAGAAAGAAAAACCAAAAAGACAGCCACCUGGCACCUGGUGUAAGAAUGGGCACUACCAUGUACCCAGGAGGCCCUGUUUGGGAUGUGCCCAGGAUGCUCUUGUUGGCCUUAGGGGUGCUGCUUUUGCCUGGCACUGCCAGUGCCAACGAGUAUGACUAUGUGAGUUUCCAGUCUGACAUCAGCUCUUACCAAAGUGGGCGAUUCUACACCAAGCCCCCCCAGUGUGUGGCCAUCCCUGCCGAUCUGCGCCUGUGCCACAGUGUGGGCUACGACAAGAUGGUCUUGCCCAACCUCUUGGACCACGAGACCAUGGCUGAGGUGAAGCAGCAAGCUAGCAGCUGGGUGCCCUUGCUCAACAAGAACUGCCACAUUGGUACCCAAGUCUUCCUUUGCUCCCUCUUCGCCCCGGUCUGCCUGGACCGGCCCAUCUACCCUUGCCGCUGGCUUUGCGAGGCUGUGCGCGACUCCUGUGAGCCUGUCAUGCAGUUCUUUGGUUUCUACUGGCCGGAGAUGCUUAAAUGUGACCAGUUCCCUCAGGAUGAUGUGUGCAUUGCUAUGACGCCCCCCAAUGCCACAGAGGCGACAAAGCCUCAAGGCACGACUGUGUGUCCUCCUUGUGACAAUGAGAUGAAGUCAGAAGCUAUCCUUGAGCACUUAUGUGCUAGUGAAUUUGCUUUAAAGAUGAAAAUAAAGGAGGUGAAAAAAGAAAAUGGGGAUAAGAAAAUCAUUCCAAAGAAGAAGAAGCCUUUGAAGUUGGGCACCAUCAAAAAGAAAGACCUGAAGAAGCUGGUGUUGUACUUAAAGAAUGGCGCAGACUGUCCUUGCCACCAGCUGGACAACUUGAACAACAACUUUCUUAUCAUGGGCCGCAAGGUGAAGACCCAAUACCUGCUGACAGCUAUUCAUAAGUGGGACAAGAAGAACAAAGAGUUCAAAAAAUUCAUGAAGAAAAUGAAAACCCCUGAGUGCCCUACAUUCCAGUCAGUCUUCAAGUGAUUGGUUGCUGCCAGAUUUGGAACUUCUUGCUGGCCUUGAACUUGCACAGAUCUUAACUUAGUUAGGUGGGUAGCUGUGUUGGUCUGCAGUGGAACAGCAGGAUUUUAGUCCAGUGGCACCUUAGAGACCAACAAGGUUUUCAAAGUGUAAGCUUUCAAGAGUCAAAGUUCCCUUCUGCAGCUCUGACUCUCGAAAGCUUACACUCUGAAAAUCUUGUUGGUCUCUGAGAUGCCUCUGGACUAAAAUCCUACAGAUCUUAACUUGGUGGCCCAUCCCUUUUGGUUCCUUCUGCCAUAGCAGACACUGUACCUUGAAUCAGUAGAUUUUCUUUCUCUUUGUGUUUUUAGAUCUUCCUGUUUCCUGCACUGCGGCCCCCACCCCUUCCUCAACCCCAGUUAUAUCCCCAUAAGAGACUGUGCAAAAGUAUGUAGGUAGGCUUGGAGUUACUAUCUUGGCAUCUGAGGUCAUAUUGAAAGCAACUGUUUGCAUAGAAUAACGAUGGGUCUUGUGGCACCUGAAAGACUAAUGGGUUUGUUGUGGCAGAGGCUUCUGUGAACCACAUGCCACUUGGUCAGAUGCUUGAAGUAUGACUAAGUGAGCUCUAGCUCAUGAAACCAUCUGCCACAAUGAAAUCAUUAGUAUUUAAGGUGCAGCAAAGACCCCUGUGUUGUUUUGGCUGCGGCAGACUAACAUGGCUGUCUUGGGAUUUGUUUGAAUAGACCUGUGUUGGUUGUUUUGGGUAGAAACCAGCAUUUUUUUUCAGUGGGAUAGAAGUCCCUCACAAAUGUAGAGACUGUGUGAAUAUUCAACCUUCCCCCCUCUCCAGUUGUUUAUUUGGUGUCCAUCUUUCUUUCAUCCUCCUUUCUCUGUUAGUCACAUGAAUGAUCUCACCUAAUCAGGGAUCAUGCAGUGGAUGGUAUGUCAUUGUAAUGCGACAUAGCCAAUUGGAUAUGGGUGUUUGAUGAUGUCACUGGGAAUGAGUAGGGAGUGUAAACAAAUAAACAGACUUUGUUUUUGUAAGGAGUGCUGAAAAAUUGCUGAUGGAAACAUUCAUGGAGAAACCAAAUAAUUUGGUUUAGCUGUACUUUGGAAUAUCAGAAGGUAUUCACACACAUGAGAAGUCACUAAGCUCACAAGAACAAUUCACACAUGUGGUUCUGUGAAGUAAGUUGAGAGCAGGGCCUGUUGAAAUGAGUGGGAGCUGAACUCGCAUUCCUUUCAAUGAGACUCGUAAAAGGGAAUUUUGUGGUGGAUUAUCACCAUCACGUUCAUUAGAGAGUGCCUGUUGCACUUUCCACCUCAGUUACUAGAACCCCAGCCCUAAUAUUGAACACUUAAUUUCUACAGAUAUUGGCACAGCAGCAGUGACUGGUGCCAAAUUAUUCAUUCAGUGAUGGCCAGUAUCCCUACUGGUGCAGCAGUUCUUCAAAAGAGACACAGACCCUGGCCCCUUUGGGAACAUGGGGAGGCUUGAAAGAAGGCACGCGUGCGUGCUUGCGUGCGUGUGUGUGUGAAGGUUGAGGAGGAAUGAGGCAGGUGGAGAGGCUUCUUUCUGCUAUAUCAGCAAAAACCGAGGUGGGUUUGAUGACGCCUGGCAGAGGAUCCUCAGUCACACUGGAUUUGUGAGGGCAAUGGCUCCUUCACUGGCCCACCACCUAAAUAUAAUUCGAGAGGAAAGGGCCUAAAGAGCAACCACUUGGUUCUGAUGAAAUUUCCCCAUGUGUAGUUGUAGAAGGGCGGGUCGACUAUUCUGCUGUGUUCCUUUCCAAUGGAGAAUAGGGCUCCUAAUACAGCCUGUAGGCCCACACACUGCAAGUGAAGGAAGCUGCCUGAGACAGUGCACAAAAAUCUCCAUCUGCUCAUCUCUGGAACAAAUUAUUGAUGUUGUGUUGUGUUGGGGGACCCCUACAGAGCAGUAGAGGAACUUCUGAAAGGGGGCGGUGAUUGGGGGUGGGGGAGAAAUAAGUCAGGGCCACUGAGUUUGCUGUCCCUGAGGCUUCAUGUCCUACCUCCUAGAAGGGACAUUGCAAAGGCAGGGGGUGGAGUGAUAGGAAGCAAUAGGAGUUGCCUGUCAGCAUGACAUUACAGGGAAAAGAAAGUUUAACAGUAUAGAUGAGCAGAUCAUCAUCUGCGUCUUUGAAGCUCCCCCCACCCCCGCCCCAAGACUGGUUCAGAAGAGAGAGAAGUUGGUUCAGAAGUGUAAUCUGCUGUACAAAGUGACACAUACCCCUCCCCAAAGUGGUCAGACUCUGUAAUAAAGUUGGCACCAUGUAGCCUGAACAGCUUUACAGUGAAAGAGCACAUGCGCUUAUGUACCUUUGCAAGAUGCGUACAAAAUUCAAAAGAGAGAUGUAACAUUAAAGAUGUAGAAUAUUGUAAUACUUGUAAACCUUUAUUUUCUUUUCGUUACGAAUGGAAUUGGGCAAACUUUUUUUUGCCACACCUUGACUAAACUUUGAUCGUACUGCCAGGGAGGCCAGAAAAAAUGAUUGUGAGGACUGGGUGAACCUCACUCAUGGUUUCCAGUUGCCAAUCCUUGCUCUAGUUACUUACUUAACAGUGUAAUCUAAUGAAAUAUUGCUAGAUACUUAUUUUAACAGUGCUUUAACUCUGCUGUGUGUCCAGUCCUUUUCCCAAGAGGCAGGACUGCUAUAUUUGUGUCUAAUCCUUUUGUGGGUUUUUCCCCCCCAGGAAGGACUUUUGGAAUUUGCUUUUGGUAGAUUUCUAGAUUCAAAGAAUACUAGUUUCUUGUUUUCCAAUUUGUUUCCUUUUUGUCCAGUUCUUUUGGUGGCAAAUGUGAGAUUAUAAGGAUCCACAUUUUAGAUUGGAAUAUGUGCCUUAAUGCAGCUUUUUUUUACUGUUAGUAUUAUUUUUUCUAAAACUAAUAGCGCCUCAAAGAAAAAAUACAUCUGAUAUCAUUCUGCUUUUUUCUAAGGCUAUUCAUGUAAUUUUUGUUGAGUUGUUGUUUACAUGAUUUCAGUCUACCCUACCAGAAUGGCAGCAUGAUUCUUAGUGGAAGGUCCUUAACACAAAACGUGAUAGCUCCUGCAUAUUCUUGGCUGCUUUCAGAUUUUGCUUUAAAACAAAAUCAGGUUCUAGAUAUCAUGAUUGCUGGGAUGAAGCAGAAGGCAUGAGCAAACUGUCCAAAAUAUAGACAGCAAACUGGAUGGUUGAGACUUUUGUCUGGGACUUGGUAUCACACUUCCUGUGCAAUCCUAAACAGAGUUACUCCAGUCUAAACCCAUUGAUUUCAAUGGGCAUGGACUGGAAUAACUCUUCUUUAGAUUGCAGUGUUAGUCACACUUCCUGCUUUCCUCAGACCCUUCUGUGUCUCUAUACACCAUCCUCAUUCGCCAAUCUCCUUCUCAAACCCAAAUUGGCACAAUAUUCCUUGUUACCUAAAAAGACAGAACUAGCUUUUAAAAUAUAUGUAAAUAUGUUUAACAUUUAUAUUUUAUUUCCAUGUCAACAGUUUGCAUUUUUGGUGUAGGUUUGUUUUUAAUUGGGAUCUUAGAUUCCUUACAUGUAAAACUGGUGAACACAGGGCUGAACUCUGAAGUAUAAUUUGGGACCUCAGUGUAUGUGUGUAAGAGUGUGUAAGGGUGGCGGGAAAGAGGGACUUGAUCCUUUCCUCCCUGUACCCUGUAGGAAGCUGAUAGUGACCUUGAUAGGGAAAAAAAGAUAGGCAUCAGUAUGUACCUGUCUUUUUUCCAUACAGUAUCUUGAUUUCUAUCAGGAAAACAGUGGAAGGAAAGUAUUAGCCUCCCUUCUAAUUAUGCUGUGGGCUUAAUCCAAAUCCCCAUGUCUUUGCAGUUGCCUUUUAACAUACAAAAAUAUAAUAGGAUGUCUGAUUGUGAAUUGGAGUACAGAUCUGAGAAAUUUUUUUGUGCAAGUUGCCGUUCAUAGAGAUUGUGGGAGAAGAUUAAUCAGAGCAGAAGUAUAGAGGAGGCAUAUAUCUCCUCCUGUUUAGGAAAAGAAGGUAGCUUGAAAUCUGAAAGGCAUAUAAAACAAAACAAAAUCCUGUAACCAGAACUCAGAAUGCAUAUAUUCUGUAUGCAGAUUUGUGAGGAAUCUGCAUAACUUUUCCCCAGGUACAGAAUCUUCCAGCUUUAUAUUUGGAAACAUUGAAUGCGAACUAAGGAGCUGAUACACAAUGAUCCAGGCCCAACUCUAAUGUUAAUUUGCACAGUAGCACACCUGCAAUGUAGCUUAAAACAGAGUUACACUCUUGUAAGUCCUAUAAAACUCAGCUUAGGUUUCUCCUGUUGUACAGAUACCAUUUAUUUCAAUUAGCCUUGUACAAUGGAACUAUCACUGGAUCAUGUCCAAGGCUAAUGUGGGAAGGAGUUGCAAUUUUUUAUUUUUUUAUGCACUUACUUUGAGAACAAGCCCCGUUGCCCAUUGUGGUUGGCCACUACUAGGGUAGCCAACAACUUAAAAGAAAAAAAGUUCCUGUCCCUUGAAUAGAGGCUUAAUGUGUAGAAAUGGGCAGUAGAUGCUUUUCAUGGCACAGAGGCAAUAACACCACCUGAUAAGUAACAUCCCAUUAAAGCUCUAUUAAAGGGGCAGAACUUUUUCUUUCUCCCUGUUGUUGGCAACUUUAGUCCCCACAGCACCAGAACAUUUUGGCAUACAGAAGGUAGCCUUUCUCCUCGCCCACCAUUUUACUUUCCUGCAUUGUAUAACUUUCUUUUUUAAAGUUAUAGUCUUUUGGUCUUCCGUCCCACCUCCCCCUCUUAUGACUCACAAAAGGUGUCCCUGCCCUUGUCCGCAGUGGAUGUACUGAAUGACAUGUGCAGGACAAGUUAGUCUUGGCUCUGGAGGGAAGGGCUCAUUAUCGUGAACAAAAUAAACCAUCUGGAUUUUGUAACAAACUCCCUCACACACCUCACUGAUACAUACUGGAUCCGUGUCCCUUCAGGAGUGCAAGUGGAGGUCGCCUGAUCAGCAAACUAAUCAAGUAAGUGUGCUGGGAUGUUUCCAUUAAAGUCCAGCAAACUUGUUUUCAGGAGUUGGUAGGGUCACAUUCCUUGGUCAUUCAUUUGAACCUAGCUCCAGCUUUAUGCCGUUUGUCUCAUAGGAGAUGCUUUUGGCUGCAGGGUUUUCAAAGUUGAUUGCCCUGUCUCUUUAUAUCAGCCCUGGCACACAAAUUCAUGAAUAACAAGGACCGGGAAUGUAAAGAUGGGGCAGAAAGACUCAAGUUCAGUUUCCAGCCUUUUUGCUCCUAGGAUUAUCAGGUAGCAGGACAGCUGCCUGAGAUUGUUGAGAGAGAUUAACUCUUGGAUGUUGGGUCUAUCAGCAGGUAUUGGAAAGAUGGCUAAAUGAACACUCCAUGCUGAGAUGCAGUGUAUUUCUGAAUGUGUACACACUCAAAGGGCUCUAUACUUUAUACAUUAAUCUUUAUACAUUAAUCAAAAGAAAAAAAGGGCUUGUUAAGGACUGAGCCAGCUUUAGCAGGCAUGAAAGCUUGAUAGCAAUUAAGAUUCAGUUUGGGGGAUGCCAAGGGAAAAUUAAAACUCAUGAGCACUUAUAAUAUUCUGUAGGGUGGAAUUUCAGUAAGGAGUGGGGAAAUUCCCUAAUUGUUUCCCCAUUCCUUGUGUGCCCCAGACUUGUUCGCUCUUAUAGUAAGAGCUCAGGUUAACCUACCUCACAGGGUGGUUGUGAGGAUAAAUGGGGAAGGUGGUAUAUUUACUGCUCUGAGAUCCUUGGAAGAAACGUGGGGUAAAAACAUUGAAAGGUAAAAGAUAGGUCGCAAUGAAAAUUAGCUCUUACUACAGAAACUAUAACCCUUACCUGUUUUCUGGAUGCUGGCAAAAAUUGUUACCAGAGUAACUUCAAUGCCAAGAAAAUUAUCAGAGGACCCUUUUAUCAAUGGUAUGUUCCAAAAUACAUUGGACAUUUUGGAAAUGUUUCCCCUGCCAAACAAAACUCCAGUGUCAUGUCCGGGCAAAAUCAAAAAACCGUGGAAGGGUCAGUGGCUCAGUAGAGGAGCAUCUGCUUAGCAGGCAGAAGGUCCCAGAUUCAAUCCCAACAUUUCCAGUUCGAAGAACCAGGCAGCAGGUGCAGAUCUGAGACCCUGGAGUGCCGCUGUCAGUCUGAGUAGACAAAACUGACCUUGAUGGAUCAAUGGUCUGGUUUAGCAUCCGGCAGUGUCUUGUGUGUGUUCAAAGAUCCACUGUUUUGGCCCAAUUAACUCUACUUGCCUGCAGUUUCAAUGGUACAGUUUAGUCUUAUACACAGCACGAUGGAUACUUGUUCUGUUUCCUCUCCAAUACUUUCCCUGCAAUGUAUCCACAGUGAUUAAACUAAUGUUGCUAAAGUUACUGUGUCAAGGUUCUGUGUGUGUUUUAUAAAGAGUUGCUGUUUACUAACCCUGGUUUGUUGUGUUUCAAAAUGAUCCAAACGGACGUUCAUGAAGGAGUGCAUUUAAUCACACGUUUGGAAAUAAAUCCAUACAAGAACUUA